ACAUCAGCAACGACCGACAUCGAAGCAGCCGAAGGAGAGGAAGAAACGUGGAUCGAACCUCCUCAUGGGAGUGCAAGGGCUAUGGGAGCUUCUCGCCCCCGUCGGCCGCCGCGUCUCCGUCGAAACCCUUGCCGGCAAAAAGCUCGCCAUCGACGCGAGCAUAUGGAUGGUCCAAUUCAUGAAGGCGAUGCGGGACGACAAGGGGGAGAUGGUGCGCAACGCCCACCUCCUCGGCUUCUUCCGCCGCAUCUGCAAGCUCCUCUUCCUUCGCACCAAACCCGUCUUCGUCUUCGACGGCGCCACCCCCGCCCUCAAGCGCCGCACGAUCGCCGCCCGCCGCCGCCACCGCGAUAGCGCCCGUGCCAAGAUCCGCAAGACCGCCGAGAAGCUCCUCCUCAACCACCUCAAGGCGAAGAGGCUUGAGGAAUUGGCAGCCGAGAUCAAGAAGCAGAAGGAAGGAUCGAAGGAGAAGCAGAUUUCGGACGAGGACACAAAGGGGAAAAAGGUGUUGGAUUCGAAUGACGAAAUUGGGGCUGAAGGAAGCAGCGUUCUACUUCGUGGUGAUAUGGAAUCUGGGGUUUCUUCCCAGCAAAACCUAGAUGAGCUAUUGGCCGCAUCCCUUGCUGCGGAGGAAGAGAUGGAGAUCAAUAAGAAUGUGCUUACAUCUGAGGGUGGUCUGGAUGAAGCGGAGGACGACAAUGAUGAGAAUGAAGAACUGAUUUUUCCAAUGGAUAACAUCCAUAUAGAUCCAGCAGUUCUAGCCUCCUUGCCUCCAUCAAUGCAAUUGGAUCUUCUAGUUCAGAUGAGGGAGAGCAUCAUGGCCGAGAACAGGCAGAAAUAUCAGAAAAUUAAAAAGGCCCCUACUAAAUUCUCUGAGCUACAAAUACAAUCAUAUCUUAAAACUAUCGCUUUUAGGCGGGAGAUAGAUGAAGUGCAGAAAUGUGCUGCUGGUAGAGGUAUAGCUGGUGUGCAAACGUCAAGGAUUGCUUCUGAAGCCAAUAGAGAGUUCAUAUUUUCAUCAUCAUUUACUGGUGAUAAACAGGUUCUUGCAUCAAGAGGAGUUGCGAACAGUGGAAAUGGGGAUCAUUAUUCAUUGGCAAAGCAAAGCACUUCAGAUUCAGCAAAAUGCAGCUUGCUUAUUAAUCAGCCUAAAUUGGUUAAAGAGGUUUCUGGUAGUAAGCAUGUAAAGGAUUUUGGACCUGAUGUUGAGACAUAUUGUGAUGAGAAUGGUCGUGUUCGAGUUAGCAGAGUUAAAGGAUUAGGAAUUUGCAUGACUCGAGAUUUACAGAGGAAUUUGGAUCUGAUGGAAAAGUAUGAGCAGGAGAAAAGAAGGGGAGAUAACUCCUCAGAUCAGGUGGCUUCCCACACCAAAAAAGUUGUUGAUGUCUCCGAAGGUCUUUCUGGAAAUAAUCAUUCCCCAAGUGUUACAAGUAAUGAAGGAAAAGGUGAAACAUUUAGUGAGAAAAGUAGUUCACUCCCACUUGACAGAAGAGGUUACAUGGAUGAACUUACUAUUCAUGGUAGUGAAAAUGCAAUCGAGAUUUCCUUCUCGGAGGAUGACAGCGGGAUGAAAGCUACAGAUGUUGAUAAUAUAUUCAUGCAAUUGGUUUCUGGAGGCCAAACAGCCAAUUUACCAUUGGAAUGUGUUCAUUCAGAUAAGAGCACAAAUGAUUCUGAAUCUGAUUGCAGUUGGGAGGAAGGUCUAGUUAAGGAAAUUUCUGAAAUUCCAAAUGGUUUUGCUGAUAUAACUGCAAGUCCAAAAAGUGACUUGAAGAAAAACCAAUCGUCUUUAGCUGAGAGCAGCUAUGAAGUAGCUGAUGUGGAUUGGGAGGAAGGGGUGUGUCAGAAUCCUGAUACAAGUUCUCAAUUUCUAGAUAAACCUGUAAAAGAUGUUUCAAGAGGAACGCUUGAGGAAGAAGCUGAUAUACAAGAAGCAAUAAGGAGAAGCCUCGAAGAUUUUAAGGAACAAAACUCUUCAACCAAUUCUUCAGCAGUUACAGAAUUAGUGAGAUCAGUGAAAGAUCAAAUCUCUGAUGGGGUUAUUUUGCACAAACUGGUGACAAAUACUUGUGUUCAUUUAGAUAAUGAUGCUGAGGAAAGUCCAUCAUGUAAUGAUGGACAGCUGGAUAAUCGCUGCAAAGAGGAUGAUUUGCAGAACCCUGAUUCUUCAAAGAAUAAUCUUGAUUCAAAUAAUUUAUCUGGUUUAGAUUUCGAUGGAGAAUCAUCUUUGAUAAGUAGUAGAGAAGAUGAACAGAUUGUAAUGACCUCACAAAGAGGCAACAUUCCACCUGGCAAACCUUCUGAUGAUCACCCAAGUUGGUUGGAACAAUCUCUUGAUGCUAGUUAUGAAGUCCAAAUUAAAUCUUGUUCAAGAAUGUCCACGGAGGAAUUGUGUGAGAUCAGGCCUGAUACUAGCACUAAUAUUACAGAUGAUGGAUCUAAAGUUGUUGGUUCCUCGAAUCAUGACAGUCGCCAUAUAUCCAGAUCAAGUGUAUCUCCUGAAAGAGGAUAUAAUAAUUCGUUGUCAGGAAAUAGCUCCUUGAUGGAAGAAAUUAUAGACACUGGUAUGAAAUCACAGCAGAAUAUUGCUGAGAAAGAUAACGUUAUAUCUGAUCAUAUUGGAUACAGUUCACAGAUCUUAAACAAUCAAAUGGAAGUAUCAGAAGCUAGUUUGGACAAAGAAAUCUCUCUCCUUAGACAAGAACGAGUGAACCUUGGAAAUGAGCAGAGGAUGCUUGAGCGAGAUGCUGAAUCUGUGAACAAUGAGAUGUUUGCUGAGUGUCAGGAACUGCUUCAAAUGUUUGGUUUGCCUUAUAUUAUUGCACCUACAGAAGCAGAAGCUCAGUGUGCUUAUAUGGAAAUGACAAACCUUGUUGAUGGUGUUGUAACUGAUGAUUCCGAUGUCUUCUUGUUUGGAGCUCGAAGUGUCUACAAGAACAUAUUCGAUGACCGGAAAUAUGUUGAGACAUACUUCGUGAAGGAUAUUGAGUGCGAGCUUGGCUUGGAUCGAGACAAACUAAUCCGAAUGGCAUUGCUUCUUGGAAGUGAUUACACUGAAGGGGUUAGUGGGAUUGGAAUUGUUAAUGCAAUUGAAGUUAUACAUGCAUUUCCCGAGGAAGAUGGCCUCCAGAAAUUUAGACAAUGGGUUGAGUCCCCAGAUCCAGCUAUAUUAGGAAAACUUGUUACUGGUAGCCAUUCAAACAGAUCAUUGAAAGAAAACAAUAAUGGUGCUGAUGCAAUAAAAAGAAGUUCUCAGGGAGAUGCAUCUGAAGAGUCUGUUUCAAGGGGUCAUGAUGAUGAAAAACCUACUGGCAAUGAGGCAAUUAAAGACAUCUUCAUUGAUAAGCAUAGAAAUGUGAGCAAGAAUUGGCAUAUCUCUCCAUCUUUUCCUAGUGAAAUGGUCAUUAGUGCAUACACUUCACCACAAGUUGAUGAAUCAACAGAGCCUUUCAUGUGGGGAAAGCCAGAUUUGCCUUUACUUCGCAAGUUGUGUUGGGAAAAGUUUGGAUGGACUACCCAGAAAGCUGAUGAAUUACUUGUACCUGUCUUAAAGGAGUACAACAAACAUGAGACGCAGCUGCGGUUGGAGGCCUUUUAUACAUUCAAUGAGAGGUUUGCAAAAGUACGUAGUCAACGAAUUAAGAAGGCUUUGAAAGGAAUUACAGGCACUUUGUCAUCUGAUUUGACUGAUGAACUUGUCAAAGAAGGGCCCAGUUCUAGGAAAAAGCGAUGCAUAGGACUCUCUACAGGAGAGGAAUAUAAACCUGAGAACUCUACUGGUGGCAACUCUAAAAGGGGUAAGAAAGUUAUGAGACAAUCGAGAGGGCAGAAGACUGAGAAAGAAUUUAUUUAUUCAGAGGAUCUGGCUGGAGACUCACAUGUACUGGAAAAAGAUGAUAUAGAUGAUACUAGUGUUCUGAGUCUGAAUAGGACAGUUAAAGGGAGAAGGGGAAGGGGAAGGGGAAGGGGAAGGGGAAGGGGAAGGGGAAGAGGAGCAAGAGGAAGGGGAAAGGGAAAGGGCAGAGGUAGAAGCAGUCCAAUAAAGGCAGACUCUGAUUCUACUGAUGAUGGCGAUGAUUAUAAUGCCAAUGUUCAAUUGGAAAAUCACUCCAAGGUGCCUGAAGUUCUGCCAAAGUUGCACAGAUCGAUGAGGCCGUUGAAGCAAGUACAAUAUGCAGAAGAAGAUUUUGAAGUUGAUGAAAGUAAUGGAACACUGAACCCGAGCGGUAGCAAGUUGCUAGGAGUUGCGACAGAGCAGGAACCAAUUGAGAAUGACAAUAGGAGUAGAGUUGGAGAUUUAUCUGAUGUUGACAAAGGAGCACAUACAUUUUCCAAGGAUAGCUCUUCCGGAGAGUACCUUUUCUCAGGAGGUGGAUUCUGUCUGGAUGAUAAUGAUCUACAAGGUGAUGCGAUCCAGCUGGCUGCCAGUCCAAUUCAGGGUUCAGCAGAGAUGGAUCGUGAAGAUAGAGAUGGCUGCAAACAACAUGCUCUGGAGGAUGACACAUCUCGAGGCUAUCUUUUCAGUGGAGGUGGGUUUUGCAUGGACGAAAGUGAUGAACAAGUUGAUGCAACUCGACCAACUUCAAGUCAAAUUGAGAAUUCAAGGCCCUCGAGGGUAACCUCUGACAUCUCUGACGAUCCUCAAAAAUUUUCGGGCCAUUCUGUGCCUGACGAUAUGAAGAAAACAUCAGAACCUCUUCAAGAUAGUUCAUUGCUGGUUGAAAAUAUUACUUCUUUUCAGGAUGGUCAAAGCAACCUUGGCUUGAGUGCUAUGUCUUCACUAAGACGGAAGCGGAGGAAAACAUAACAUUCUGCCCAAGAGGAUCAUCCAUAAGAAGUUUCAGGGGUCAGUUGGCGGGUGGGUUUUUGUGUGUUCAGUUAGUGAUCAAGUGUUCUCUUUUCAACCUGAGAAAGGUGCAGAGGCGGUGGUAGCUUAAGCCCUCGCUUUCCUGUAAUAUUUAUUUUUGGUCAUGUCACUGAUAUUCCUCUAGCUAUUUUGUUUGAAUUGUACAUAAACUAUACUCAUCAGGGAAAUAUGGAACAGAAGUGUCAAAUGUAUACAAUGUAGCAAUACGUAGAAUAUCAAAAAUAGGCAUGGAUCUUCUUUUUCCUUUUUAA